AAUGUUAAUGUUCCUGCUGAGCUUCGCCGUUGCCUCGGCUGCCAAAAUGGAGCCGUUUAUAGUGGGGGGAACAAAGGCUCCUAUAAGUGAUUGGCCCUUCAUCACCUACAUAGAAAUAUCAGAGUUUUCUUUUUUCGCGUCGGCCUGCGGAGGGUCUCUCAUCAGCUCGCAGACUGUGCUGACCGCUGCUCACUGUCUGGAUGAUUUCACAGAGAGUAAGACAUCGGAAGGAAUCACAUUUAAGAUUUACAUGGGACACUCGAAUCACGCUAGAGCGAAGAUGAUUCGAGAAGUGAUAGACUAUGAAACGCCCAAACAAUACUCGCCCGACGAUGCUGACGUGACCGCUGACAUCGGUAUCAUGUUCUUGAAGAGACCUGUCAAUUUCGUGGCCAACGUUCAAAAGGCGAUAUUGCAACGCAGCUUUAGUUUAAACAACGACAGGAAUUUGGUGGUGGCUGGGUGGGGCAAUACGGAACCAAGCGACGAUAGUAGUUCCAGUUUGUGGUUAAAAGCGGUCGAAGUGAAGGCUAAAGCAUACAGGAGAUGUAGGGAUUUGAACAGAGUCAUCUGCGCUAAGAAUACUGAGGAAUACCCAUACAGUGGAGACUCCGGCGGUCCCGUGGUAAACGCUAUCACCCGUCACCAAGUCGGGAUAGUGUCUGUCAGAGACGUGAUAACAGGGAUCACAAUCAUGACCAACGUCCCAGAAUACUGGGAAUGGAUAAGAGGAACGCAGCUGAAGUUGUUCCAGAAAUUUUGUGGAAAGGGGGAGUAAAGUGGUUAAACAUGAAUUCAGAAUGUCAUUUAUUUUUCCUGGGUUUGAAAAUUU